AUGGACUCCGUUAUCAAUCAACAAGCCGUGCCACUACCUCGAUACUUGAAUCCGCUCCCUCAUCCUUUCUAUGGUCAAUCCGUCCCGAGCGUUAUGCAGCCAUCUUUUCAGCAUCUGGGCCCCACUGCAUCCGGCAUAGACGGCCACGGUCUCUAUGGCCCGUAUUGGAACGACGGCACUUAUGUCCCAUAUCGUCCUGCUGCACUCAGAGACCCUCGAUUCUAUACACAUCAUGACGGCCGCUAUCCAAUGCAUGGUUUCGUGGAUUCCUGGAAUGCUCCUGGUCCUGGUCUUUCAUAUCCAGCCCCUGCCCAUGCAUGGUCGACAUAUGAUGCUAAAUUGCCAAUUGUAUACCCCUCAUUCGCAGGCGUUCAUAAUGUCACGCCAGACUUCGUUCCUAACUUUAGUCCAUCUCCAGCGACUGCGCAACAACGCGAGCAAGCUUUCAACUGGGCUCUUCAGACAUAUCGCGAGCUUCUAGUAUACAUUCAACAAGCGCGAAAGACAACCCAGCAAUCCCAGCCGCCAUACCAGGGCUUAUCUGCUGGCCCAAAGUUCUAUCCAAAACCCCCCAAAUUCUAUGGCGUUGCGCCGGCUGCAGGUUCGAGAAGUUCACAUUCUACUCCAAGCAAUGUGGCUCCAACAUUGUAUGCCAAUGGUCACACGUACCUCCCGACUUCACAUGUCUUGUCCUCUCCAACUCCCAUGUCUUCUCCUGAUGCUACUGGCUCUCACAUGCACGACACCUUGCCACCGUCCCGCGCAGCGAGUGCAUUGACUCUUAUAACGACCUUCUGCUCGGAAACGACGUGGCAAUGGAUUGAUGGUAUCCAUCUUGCUGGUUGUAUCGCAUAUGGACUCGGAUUUUAUCAGAGGGCCGAGGAGUUCUACCUGAAAGUCCUGGGUCUUGAAUCGCGGCACAUUGAAGCCAUGUCAAAUCUGGCGGCCACCUUGGUUGCUCUCGAACGCAAAAAGGAGGCGGAGGAGUACUGGAUGAAAGUCGUCAAGCUCGCGCCCAAUUAUUUUGAGGCAGUUGAGCAUUUGGUAGGCCUGCUUUGCAGCACUUCGCGUGGAAAAGAAGCCAUCAAAGUCAUCGAAUUCAUUGAACGAUCCCUACGGACGUACGCAACCCAUCAGCCGCGCAGGACCUCUGAUCAUCACAGCGAGAUGUCGUCGAACGGGAGUCGUUCACCGUGUCCUUCUGAAAAAUCCGAUCUAGCGGUGUACGACUUCGAAGUGGACAGCGACCUUUCGCAUGAGACUGCAAGUCCCAAGGAGCCUGGCUUUGGCUCCAGUGGCUAUUCGAUUUCAGGCGCUGACAAUGGUCGCAUGCUUGCGCUGGUUCAUGCGAAAGGUAACAUGCUUUAUUCGCUGGGUGACAACAACGGUGCAGCAAAAGCUUUCGAAGAUGCUGUACUCGUCGCCACCGGCCGUGUGUUCUCGGGUGUUUCUCAACUUGUGAAGCACAUUCUAUCUGUCAUCUCAACGGACGGUGGUCCAAGCGAUGAUUCAUCCGACCCCGUGCUUCUCUACCCCGAGCAGGCUGCGAAUACAGCUCGCCUAUGCUUCUAUCCUCACGGAGAAUUAGCAGGAUUACGUGACGUACCCUCUUCGCCUGCUAGCCCUGCUAAGAACGCUGCAGUUGCAAUAGCAAGCAACUCCCUUCUAUCCUUGGCCAAGAUCUUCCAGGAUGGGAUGGGUAGAAAUGUGCAAGGCGCUAGCGGUGUACCCAUGGUAUCAGGUGUGCGGGAGAUUCUCGCGCUAUAUUACCUUUCGCUCUCAUUGCAGCCUAGUCCGUCCACUGCUAACAACGUUGGGAUUCUCCUGGCCAGCGUUCAGCAGUCUGUCAGUCCAAUAAUGACAACCGCAUGUUCUCCUGCUUUCAGGCAGGACAUCCCUGGUGUGCAUCCUGGUAGCGGUGUCUCGCUCGCCUUGGCAUACUACAACUACGGUCUGAUGCUUGACUCGAGGCACGCCCAUCUAUACACCAACCUAGGAAGUCUUCUCAAAGAUAUCGGACAGCUCGACGCCGCGGUUGAGAUGUACAGGCGAGCAAUUCAAUGCGACGGCAAGUUCGACAUAGCUCUAGCUAAUCUGGCGAAUGCUGUCAAGGAUAAGGGCAAGAUUGCAGAGGCUAUAGAGUAUUACAAGCGAGCCGUCGACGUCAACCCCGAUUUCGCUGAAGCUGUUUGUGGCCUUGCCAAUGCACUCAACUCUGUCUGCUUAUGGCAGGCAAGAGGAGGCAUCACUGCUGAUGAUGGCUCACGAGACCGCUGGCACGUUGACCAAAACGGCAUGUUGCUGGGUGCUGGUUUGUCAAAGUCAUCAACACCGCCAGGUUGGCUCAAUCGCGUCGUGGACAUCGUCGAAAAGCAGUUGAAAGAAGGUGAAGGCUGGGGGCACGGAGUGCUAACUCCUGUCAUCAUCGACUCGCUAGUCCAACUGAUUACGAAUUUCGAUGGCGGCUUGCAAGGGCUUGCGACCGAUAAGCAACAAAUUCGACAGGUCAUCUCGGGAUGGUCCGGACAGAAGUGGGAAGGCGCACGUCUCAUCAAGCUUGUCGAGCGCCUGACCAGACGUAUCAGUUGGCACUGGUAUCAAGACAAGCACGUGCGGAAGAGGACAAAAUCUCGAUAUCUUAGGCCUCAGCUUCCAGCCAACCUUAACGUCCCUAACGCGCCUACAGUGUUGCCUUUCCACACUUUCACCUGUCCUGUUUCUGCCAAGCAAGUCCGCCUCAUCUCGGAACGUAAUGCAUACCGCAUCUCAACUUUGACGCUACGCAUGCCCUGGCUGCCUGCUGAUGUUUACCCUCCCCCAGCACCUCCAUCGCCGGAACUAAGGCUUGGCUAUGUAUCAUCGGAUUUCAACAAUCAUCCUUUGGCCCAUCUCAUGCAAUCUGUCUUUGGCUUGCACGAUCGGCGACGGGUCGAGGCUUUCUGUUAUGCCACCACUGUCUCGGACAAUUCGCCCUAUCGCCGAAAGAUCGAAGAAGAGUCUCCCCACUUCCAUGAUGCCAGUAACUGGACCAACGAACGUCUUAUUGACCAGAUCAUAUCAGACGGUAUACACAUACUCGUGAAUCUGAACGGCUAUACCAGAGGUGCUCGGAACGAAGUGUUUGCAGCACGUCCGGCUCCUAUACAGAUGUCGUUCAUGGGUUUCGCAGGUACACUUGGAGCCGAAUGGUGCGACUAUCUUCUGGCUGACGAUACUGCCGUGCCACCAUCCACACUCAGACCAUGGCGACGAAAUCUUGAUGUUGAGGACCGGCUAAUACAUGAAGCGAAGAGUGAAGAAGGUAAUUGGGUGUAUGCUGAGAAUCUUGUAUUCUGUCGGGACACCUUCUUCUGCUGCGACCACCGCCAAAGUGCACCUGACUCUGAGGAACGCAGUGUGACCUGGGAGGAGGAGCAAACUCGACGUUGGGAGAUGAGGAAGGAGAUUUUCCCAUCGCUUGCCGACGAUGUGGUGAUCUUUGGUAACUUCAAUCAGCUAUACAAGAUUGAGCCUACCACAUUCCGCACCUGGCUUCGCAUACUCGCUCAAGUUCCCAACAGUAUUCUGUGGUUGCUACGAUUUCCAAGCGUAGGCGAGGUGCACCUUAAGCGCACUGCUGAGGCAUGGGCAGGCGCUGGUGUGGCCGCUCGAAUCGUUUUUACCGACGUUGCACCAAAACAUCUGCACAUCAGUCGUGCUCGGGUGUGCGAUCUCUUCCUGGAUACGCCCGAGUGCAACGCGCAUACCACAGCAGCCGACUGUCUCUGGAGCGGCACGCCUCUGCUCACACUACCGCGCUACGAAUACAAGAUGUGUAGCCGCAUGGCAGCCUCGAUUCUCAAGGGUGCCUUGCCCAAGACGCCCGUUGAUGUUCGAGAGGCUGCUGAAAGAGAUCUAAUCGCAUCUUCGGAUACCGAGUACGAAGAGAUGGCCAUAAGACUGGGCAAAGGACUCGUUUAUCCACUAUCGGGCCCUGAUUUCGGCAAGGGUCAAGGCAGACUGGUUGAGCUUCGCAAAAUUCUGACCGAGUCGCGAUGGACAUCCGCGCUGUUUGACACUGCGCGAUGGACUCGUGAUCUUGAAGACGCGUACGAAGAAGUGUGGAGACGCUGGGUCAAUGGUGAAGGAGGUGAUGUCUGGCUCGAAGAUGUUCCUCGUGGAGGUCGGCGAGUGCAGGAAGUUUGA